AUGAAGCUGAUGAAUGUUGAGCGGAGUUUAGCUGAGAAACACUACGAGGACCUGUCUGGGGAGUACUUAUUCAGGCGUCUGGUUGAUUACAUUGUGUCGUCCGGUCCUGUUGUUGCAAUGAUAUGGGAAGGAAAGAAUGUUGUGGAGACAGUGAGAGAGAUGAUUGGUCCGAAAAGACUAUCAGAGUGCGGGCAGACAACCAUCCGUGGGGAAUAUGGUAUUGACUUAAUCAGGAACGUGAUCCAUGGGAGUGACUCAGUAGUGAGUGCAAGCAAGGAGAUUGCAUUAUGGUUCCCAGAAGGACCUGUCAACUGGGAUAAAAAAAUCAACAAUUAUUGGAACAAGUUCGAUGAUUGA